AUGGCAAGUCCUGGGAACGAGAUGAGAAAUGCCAUUAGGGUAUGGUUAACAAUGGCACUAAUAUGGAGCAGCGCCUUAUGUGAAUUGAGGCCCUGCGGUAACCAAGAUUUAGAAGCUCUGCUGAGCUUCAAAAAACUGUUGAUGGGUAGUCAUGUAAUCUUGCCUUCGUGGGGUGGAUCUCCUAAUUGCUGCGAGUGGAGUGGAGUUUCUUGCAAUGGCAAUACCGGGUUUAUAGAGGCAAUCACCCUGAAUUUCUCAGAUAGUAGUGAUUCAGUAGCUUCUUCCACAAGAAGCCUCGCUCAAUUGGCUCGUAUUGGGAGUUUGCGUGCUCUUCAAGUUCAUGGAAAACUCUUCCAUGGCUUUUUGCCUCCGGAGCUAUGCCAGUUGAGGAACCUCUCACAUCUCACAAUAUCAUCAGCUGGAGUGUCUGGACCUAUACCCAGCAAGAUUCAUCAGCUGCGUCAUCUGGAUUACUUAGAUCUCACCGCAAAUAACUUAUCAGGAAUCAUUCCUUCUGCUCUCACAAAUCUUAAAAGCCUGAGAUACUUGUACCUUGAAGACAACAGCCUGAGCGGCCAAUUUCCAGCAAGCAUAUCCAACCUUGUUAGCCUCGAAGAACUUAGCAUUGCAAGGAAUCUCAUAAGCGGGGUUCUGCCUUCAUCAAUGGGGAAUAUUACCUCUUUGAAGCAGCUGGAUGUUUCUGAAAAUCAACUCACAGGCUCCAUUCCUCAAGAGCUCGGCAAUUUAUCCAGCUUGGAAAAUCUGUUUCUCUACCGAAAUUCUCUGGGUGGACCCAUUCCGUGGUCACUCGGUAGGCUUUCGCUUCUCAAGACCUUAAGUCUUUCAGAGAAUUUUCUAACCGGCUUAACACCGGCGUCCUUAGGCAAUCUUUCGAAUGUACAGUAUAUAUAUCUGGGGUUCAAUGAAUUGAGCGGCUCCAUUCCAUCUACUUUAGGAAAGCUCCACAAUCUUGUCUCGUUAAAUAUGUCUUCCAAUUAUCUGAAUGGAUCGAUCCCCACUACCUUUGGCGGUCUAGAAAAUUUGAUUCUGCUUGAUCUUUCUGAUAACCAGCUAUCCGGCGGAGUUCCUGAUGCUCUGGGAAACGCCUCGUCACUGAUGUUGUUGUUUCUUUAUCAGAAUCAAUUGACAGACGGCGGAAGUGAAACAUUUAUACCCAAAUUUCAGUUGAUUCAUUUGUUAUUGGCUGCCAAUACUCUAAGUGGACCCUUACCGCCAUGGAUAUCCACCCAGUACAACCUCAUUCUUCUAGAGGUAAGUGAGAACCAGUUUUCAGGUACCCUUCCGUCUUGGAUUCCAUCGUUAGACAGCCUUGAAUUUAUAAACCUGGCACAAAAUAUGUUUAGUGGAGUCAUCCCGCCAGAAUGGUUUAGCUUACAGUCCUUAAAAUUCUUGGAUAUCUCGCAGAAUUUGUUUGUGGGAUCAAUCCCAGCAGAGGUAGGGAACUGCACUAAUCUUAAUUUCCUCAAUAUUUCCACAAACUUUGUGACCGGUGAGAUACCUAGGUCAAUAACGAGUCUAUCAAGCCUGCAACUGCUAGACCUCUCCAACAACCAGCUGAUGGGCAUUCUUCCACCGGAUUUAGCUAACUGCACAUCUCUGAAUCUUUUCAAUGCAGGCUACAAUCGUCUCUCUGGAGCUAUUCCCACAAAUUUGAGGAUUCUAAAAGAUCUCAAUUACUGGAUGCUUCCAAACAAUAAAUUCACAGGUAAUAUUUUUUCAGCAUUGCAGGGCCUGUCUCGACUGUCUGUUCUGGACUUGGGUGGAAAUUUGCUUUCGGGAACUUUUCCACAUAUUGUUCUGGAUUUCUUGGGCCUAAGAGUUUUGAUUCUUCGACGAAACGAGCUUUGGGGAACAGUUCCUGUGAGAAUAUCCCAGUUAUCUAAGCUGGAAGUCCUGGAUCUGUCGGGGAAUAGAUUUCAUGGAGUUAUACCUGCACAAGUUGGAAAAAUCAGAGGCAUGCAGCAUUCUUCUGGGUUAUAUCUGCCACCCUACAAACGAUACUUCUUCCACAAUAUCGACGUUUACUUCAAUUACAAGGGCAAGUUCAGGGAGGUGAAAGUACUGGGAUACAAACUGUUGGACCUUUCGGACAACAGAUUUACAGGAGAGCUUCCAUCGUCAAUAGGGUCACUUCAUGGGCUUUUCUCCGUGAACAUAUCAUGGAACAACAUCAGCGGCCACAUUCCAGAGAGCUUUGGGAAUCUGGGUUUUCUGGAAACUCUGGAUAUAUCUCACAACCAGCUUUCAGGGACGAUCCCCUCUAGCCUGAGUUCGGUCUCAACAUUGGCUAAGAUUGAUUGUUCAUAUAACAAGUUGUGUGGGAGAAUUCCAAGUGGCACUCAGUUCUCUACGUUUGAUGCAGAAGCCUUUGGGAACAACAGUUGUCUUUGCGGAUCACCGUUACCCACGACAUGCCUCAACCUUUCAUCAUCUGGUUUUGCUCCUCCGCCUGCCUCUCAUGAUGAAGAUGAUGAAGAGGAUGAGUGGAAAUUUCUUGCGGGUAUGGGUAUAGGUUAUGUGAUGGGAGUUGCCUUGGUCUUAAUGGCGAUGUAUCUGAGCAAAAGAAUAAGCAGUCUCAUUCUUGGCAGUCCAGUUAAAAUGCCAUCUUAUGGUCUAUAUAGAUGUCCACGUUGA